CCCCGUCUCAGGGAUGCCCAGUUUGGGUCACCCUCACCAGACUGCUCAGAAAGAAUGAACACCCCUGGGUCUCCUGUGCUUUGGGUGCCUGUCCCCAACUGCUUUGCAGAUGGACCUUCCAUCCAGACUGAACUCAGUGGCCCCUUGAGACCACCCCGCCAUGCACCUGCUACUUGCACUUCUUUAGUUCUGUGGCCUCAGUAGCACGAGGUCAAGCAGGCCUGGUUUCCCUGCACAUGUACCUCAGUCCUCUUGUCAGCCUGUCCCAGACCCUUCAUGAGGGGCACUGCUGGCUCCUGAUCCUGCCUUGUUCCAAGCUCUGCUCCUGGCCUCAUGGUAUCCACAGAGAUGUCCUGUGGGUGUACAGUAGGCUGUCAUGCUUGGGCAUGGAUGCCACAGUGCGGGGUGGUGGCAAGGACAAAGGAGUCACUCUCUUCAGCAGUGGCCUACCACUACCUACACAGAGGUGGCUCCUGGGGAGACCACAGUGGAGAUGGGUGCUUAGGGACCCAUGCCCACAGUCCCAGAACAGAUGGGCCUCCUCCAUGGCAACCCAAAGUGCCACCCAGAGUGGAUCUGAAUGCACAGCUGAGAAGAGGGUGCUGGAGUGGUGGCAGUGAUGGGGGCGUCCCUGGCACGGCUUCCUCUGGGGAAGGAAGUCGUUCCUCCACUGUGUCUGUUGGGCUUGGAUGCUUUUUGGCAGCCAUGGGGAGUUUCCUCCAGCUGCUCUCCUGGCCGCCUUGAAAGGGAGCUAGGUUCCUAGAUCUGCUGCCUGUGCUGCCUCAGAGAAGCCAAGUGUGGAUGUGGCCCCUCCUUGGUGCCUACAAGGUCCUGUAGUUCCUUCAUGGGGGAUCUUAUGCUCUGUGUCCUAGCACACCCUGAGUGGCCCAUAGCUGUGUUUGGCUGCUUACUGGGCUCUAGGCUGGAGAGGCAUCCUUGGAAAUUGUUGGAAGGCAGAGCUGGUCGAGAGCUUGCCCAGGGAGGCAGAUCACAGAAGAGACCAGCACAAGAUCUGGGGAUUUUGCCCACAUGAAGGGCCUGGGGAGGACUGCCAGGGAACGAGAAAACUGGGGGGAACUGUGGAGGGGCAGAGGGGUCCAUGAUGAGGAAACCCUGCUGUAGAGUCUGCAGUCUUGGUGAAUUGGGCCUUUGGGGCAGAACCGUGACUCCUAUUUAGAAGAUGGUCUUGGGCGUGCAGCUGGAGAUGAGGCACCUGCUGCCUGGGGUUUUCAUCUGGCACAGGACAGAGUGGGACAACCAAAUUUGUUGUGCCUAGCCUUGCCAGAUGUGACAGGAGGAAAGGCCUGCUGGACCACAGUGCUUUCCACAAGCGGCUGGCCAGGCUGGUGGAAGAGCAGGUGUAGGUCCUCUCUCCCAGACCCUCCAGGGAGCCAGCUUUAGUCAUCCUGCUGCUGGGGGCGGUGGUCUUCGGAAAGAAGCUCCCUGCUUUUGCUACAAUUCAAAUCCAUCAGCUGCAGCAUGAGAAGAAGUACGACAUCUACUUUGCAGAUGGAAAGGUGUUUGCCUUGUACAGGCAGCUGCUGCAGCACGAGUGCCCACGGUGCCCUCAGCUGCCACCCUUCGGCCUCUUCGGGGACCUGGAGCAGCACAUGCGAAAGCAGCAUGAGCUCUUCUGCUGCAAACUGUGCCUCAAGCACCUCAAGAUCUUCACUUAUGAGCGCAAGUGGUACUCUCGCAAGGACCUGGCUCGGCACCGCAUGCAGGGCGACCCUGAUGACACGUCACAUCGGGGACACCCACUAUGCAAGUUUUGUGACGAGCGCUACCUGGACAACGAUGAGCUGCUGAAGCACCUGCGCCGCGACCACUACUUCUGCCACUUCUGUGACUCAGAUGGGGCCCAGGACUACUACAGCGACUACGCAUACCUGCGUGAGCACUUCCGGGAGAAGCACUUCCUGUGUGAGGAGGGCCGCUGCAGCACAGAACAGUUCACACAUGCCUUCCGCACUGAGAUCGACCUAAAGGCGCACAAGACAGCCUGCCACAGCCGCAGCCGUGCAGAGGCACGCCAGAACCGCCAGAUCGACCUUCAGUUCAGUUUCGCACCAAGGCACUCACGCCGGAGUGAGGGGGUUGUCAGUGGUGAAGACUACGAGGAAGUGGAUAGGUACAACCGCCAAGGCCGAGCGGGCCGGGCCAGCGGGCGUGGAGCCCAGCAGAGCCGCCGAGGAAGCUGGAGGUACAAGAGGGAAGAAGAGGACCGAGAAGUGGCAGCUGCCAUCCGGGCCUCUGUGGCUGCACAGCAGCAGGAAGAGACUCGCAGGAGUGAGGACCGGGAGGAGGGUGGCAGGCCCAAGAAAGAGGAUGCAGCAGCCCGGGGGCCUGAGGAAGCCCGUGGCCCCCGGCGGCUGCCCCGGACUCAGGGAGAAGGCCAAGGUCCCAAGGAAGCCUUGACAAAUGGGCCCAUAAGCCAAGAAGCCUGCCCAGGCACAGCAGCUGCCCCUCCGAGCAUUCUCCUACAACCUAGGCCGAAGCUCAAGGAUGAAGAUUUCCCCAGUCUCUGUGCCUCUCCUUCCUCCUGCUCAGCAGCAGCCACCCCAGGCUCUGUUGGGUUGGCACUGGCGUAUCCCGGUCCCACCAGGGGCAGGAACACCUUCCAGGAGGAGGACUUCCCAGCCCUGGUGUCUUCAUCAUCCAAGCCUAGUACUGUGCCUCCCAGCCUCAUCUCUGCCUGGAACAGCAACUGUAGCAAGAAGGGGGCUCCACCUACUACAGGAGCCCUAGCUGCAGGUGGGAGCAGCCAGCCCCCCAGGAAGGCAGGAAAGGGGAGCAGGGGCGGGCGGAAGGGCGGCCCGCCCCCUGCAGAUGAGGAGGAAGGCAGUGGCCUCACUGUGCAGGAGCUACGGAGUGUGCCCACCACAGUGGCUGUCUCCUCCCUGUUGGGGUCAGCUUCUACCCAGAGCUCCAGCAAGGUCAGCAAGAAGAAGAAGGUGGGCUCUGAGAAGUCUGGGGCCACUUCUCCCCCACUGCUGCCCUCCAGCCAUACCCCAAAGUCCCCUGGGGCUGAGCAGGUCCCUGAAGUCCCUUUGAGCAAAGCUGAAGGGCCAGUAGCUGUCAUCGUCAAUGGACACACAGAGGCUCUGGCACGGAGCACCCCCAAGGAACCUCCUGGGCUCCCAAAGCCCCUGGGGCCCCUCCCCUGCCCUACACCCCAGGAAGACUUUCCUGCGCUUGGAGGCCCCUGCCCACCCAGGAUGCCUCCUCCCCCAGGCUUCAACACUGCAGUGCUCCUGAAGGGCACACCGCCCCCACCCCCACCAGGCUUGGUGCCUCCACCCAGCAAGCCACCCCCUGGCUUCUCCAGCCUCCUGCCUGGCCCCCACCCAGCCUGUGUCCCCAGCCCUAUCACCACCAUGAAAGCACCUAGGCUGACACCCACACCACGGACCUACUUGGUCCCCGAGAAUUUCCGAGAGAGGAACCUACAGCUCAUCCAGUCCAUCAAGGACUUUCUGCAGAGUGAUGAGGCUCGCUUCAGCAAGUUCAAGAACCACUCAGGGGAGUUCAGACAGGGGAUGAUUUCUGCAGCCCAGUAUUACAAGAGCUGCCGGGACCUGCUCGGGGAGAACUUCCAGAAGAUCUUUAGUGAGCUCUUGGUGCUGCUGCCAGACACAACCAAGCAGCAGGAACUGCUGUCUGCACAUGCUGAUUUCCGCAGCCGUGAGAGGCCACCAGGUGCCAAGUCUAAGAAGAAUAAGAAGAGCGCAUGGCAGGCCAGCACUCAGCAGGCAGGCCUGGACUGCUGUGUGUGCCCCACCUGCCAGCAGGUGCUCGCACAUGGUGAUGUCAGCAGCCACCAGGCACUGCACGCUGCUCGGGACGAUGACUUCCCCUCUCUUCAAGCCAUUGCAAGAAUCAUCACGUAGCUCCUGCCAGUGUGGGCAGGAGUAGUCACACCUGUGCACCUCCUUUCUCCUUCCUUCUUCCUCCUGGCUGCUAGGCAGCCAGGUGAGGCCAGGCCUGCCAGUGGGUCAGUAGGAAGGUACACUGUGUUGUCAUCAGCACAUUGUCACACAGACGUUCCAUCCCCUGCUCAGCAGUGGGCCAGUCUUGGUUUAUAUUCUUGUGUUUUUGGAAGGUGCCAGGGGAGUGAAAGGUUGGGAUGCAGGGACCUGAGCCUGUGGUCACAGCCGAAGGCCACAGUGGCCCAAAGCAGGCCCUCCUGAAUCGAGCCUGCAGCCCCCAGAGCUGAAAGCUAUGGGUCCACUGGUGCUGGAGUCAGAUGUUGAGUGUGUUGUGUAAACAAUUGGCUGUUUCGUAAUCCAGAACGUUCCAGAUUAAAAGCAGACACAAAAUUGUGCUACUUGAAGUUGAAUCUUUUUAUGAGACAAGCUGAAUCUGGGAUCUCAAAUUGCCUCUGACCUUUUAUAAGACAGUUUAUCUUCAAAUAAAUUUAUUUUGCAGUACUGCACAUAGCUGGUGUCCUGAGUGUCUGCCUUCUGAGUACACCUGAAGCUGGGGCACUGAGGCCCACAAGAUACCACAGCACCGGGGUUGGCCAGCGAGUACCAGAAUGGAAAAGAGCCUGCUGGGGAGAGCUGGGCAGCUGGGGUUUGCUCUCAGGGAGAGUCUGCCAACUCAAGACCCCAUGUUGGGGGUCUGACACUGCUGAACCUUGGAUCAGACAUGGUUAUGCC